GUGCAGCUUGGCAGAUUAUCUCUCUCCGCCGCUGUCUCCCCACUUUGACAUUAAGAUAUCUCUGUGUCCACUUGCUGUUGAAAUUUUUUGUUUACAUAUUUACUUCUCGGCAGACCCGGAGUUCAGCCUGAGCCUGGACUGGUAGCUCCCAAACAUGAAGUGAAGGAACUAGUUUCCACGUUAUGAUAUGAUCAGGAUGUCAGAUCCAGAUAUCGUAGGAGCAUUAUCUCCACCAGCAGGCGUGAUUCCGGACUUCGAGCAUCCUCGAGAUGUUCGAUACACGAUCAGCUUGGUGACUCAAAUUUUGUGCUUGAGCAUCGUCUCGCCCGUCGUUCUUUUGAAGAUAUAUGCCAGAGCAAAGGUACAGAAAGUAAUGUAUAGAGAGGAUUGGUGUUGUCUUGUAGCUUGGAUUCCAUUUCUUGGAUAUAUCACAACCAACCUUCUCUUCGACCGAUUUGGAGGCGGACAUCAUCAAUGGGAAGUAACCGAAGAAGCCAUGUCAAAAUUCCUCCUAGUCUCCUACGCCGGCCUCCUCGUCUACGGACCCACAGCCUUCCUGAUCAAAUGCUCCCUCCUCCUAAUCUCCACCCGCCUCUUCGCCCCCUUCCCCCGCACCGUCUUCGCCAUCAACCUCUUCAUGCUGCUCAUGCUCCUCUUCUACCUCCCCAUGCAAUUCGUCAAGAUCAUGAUCUGCGCCCCCAUCUCCGCCUUCUGGUCCUCCUCUUCCUCCUCCUCCUCUUCGCCCUCGUGCUUCGACCAGCACAACAUCUACCUCGCCGACACCAUCGUCUCCGUCCUGACCGAUUUCGCCGUCCUGAUUAUCCCGAUGCCGUUGAUGUGGGUGCUGCACUUACCGCUCAGAAGGAGGUUGCGCGUCAUUGGGCUCCUGGGAGCGGGCGGUUUGGCGGUUGCGGCGAGUGUGGCGCGGUUGGUGAUGUUAUUACGGACGGGGGAUAGUCCGGAUCGAACGAUUACUACUGUUGAUAUUAGUCUUUUGGGAGUGGCAGAAACGUCGAUAGGACUCAUAUGCGCGACGCUGCCGGCGCUGAAUGUGCUCUUUAGUCGGUAUGUGGUGGAGGGGAGAUCGAAAGGGAUGGAUCUGGAGCUGGGGAAGAAGAGGACGGGGAGUGGGAGGGAGGGAGGGAGGGUGGAUAAGGAUGCGAGUCUUUUGCGGUGGACGUAUGCUGAGGUUGAGGUUGAGGGGUCGGGGUCGGAUGAGGGAAGAGGGAGGGAGAGUGUUGUGUAG